GAAUAUCAUACACAAAGGUGUACUGUAAAGAUAUAUAUAUAUAUCAUUACUAGGUCUAGCUAAGUUUCCCACAAUGGAGCAAAAAGGUGAUGCUUUAAUGGCAUCUGGGGAGAAGGCUCUUAAGAAGCGCUUUUUCAUAUUCAAAAGUGAUAAAACGGAUAGUGCCCAUGAUAAAUUUAUUCAGGCAACCACACAAUACAAAGCUGCGGGUGUUUUCUCGAAGGCCGCGGUGGCAUUUAAACGCGCUGCUGAUACCUCUGAAAUGAAUGGUGAUGAGCGUGGAAUAGCGCUUGAGCUAGAGGAAUCAGCGAAGAUGUACCUCAAAGCCAACGACACAAAAUCAGCCGUGACGCUAUACAAAAGGGUGUUUGAGAUACACAACAAAAAUCAAAGUUCCAUAAAUGCCGCUAAGGUAUGCGCUGCCAUUGGUGAGAUCACAGAAGGUGACGAAGCCAUGAUGUGGCUAGACAAGGCAGCGAAGUACUAUCGAAGCCAAGGAUCAAAGGUCAUGAGUUCAGAAGUCUUGUUAAAGAUCGCGGAUUCAAAGGCACAGUCCGGUGACUACAAGAGUGCACGAGAUAUUUAUGAGGAACAAGCACUUGCGGCACUAGAUGAUCGCGCUUCUCGUUGCAACGCACGGUAUCUAUUUUUCAAUGCCCUUCUUGCACAAAUAGCAACUAUGAAGGAAAUAUCCCUGAUGGAUGACGUAGAAGUUCUGAAGGAACAAUUCGAAAAGUAUCAAGAACUAGAGACACAAUUCAAUUCUCUAACUCGCCAGCAUAUGGUUAUAACUGAUCUCAUUAAGGCCAUCCAAUCAGAAAACGUUGAUGCUUAUGAGGAUGCCAUCAGGGAGUAUGACAACAUCUGCCCACUUAAUAGCAUGCAAAAGGAUAUGGUGCUAAUCGGGAAGAAGGUGCUCGACUUACAUGUAAAUGAUCUUCUGUAA